AUGGACGAGCUGUCAAGAAGACCGGACCCGCGCGCCGUCUACUGGUACCACGAGCCUCGUGGAAACGUAGGAAAGAGUUUCAUGGCGUCAUACCUGUCCCGAUCGAUGGAAGCGAUCGUGUUCGACGGCUGCAAGAAGGGGGCCGACGCCGUGUACGCUUACGACGGACAGCGCAUCGUCGUCUUCGACCUGCACCGCUCCCAGAAGAAACGCGUGAAUUACGAACUGAUGGAGAGGUUCAAGAACGGACGCCUCUUUAGCCCCAAGUACCACAGCAAGGUGAAGCUGUUCGCAGUGCCUCACGUCGUUGUGUUCGCCAACUUUCCGCCCGACCUUCGCGCCAUGUCCGCCGACAGGUGGCGUAUCCGAAAGAUCGGCAGCGACGGCCACGAGUGGGAAUAA